CAUUCCCUUCUGCCAGUUACUUGCCACAGGGCAGCCUUAACUAAGUGGUGUUAACGCAGGGAUGGGUGAGGAAGCCACAGGCAACACAAUGUCUCCAGAAGAACAGCUGAAGAAGAACACCCCUGCCCAGAGGGCCAUCAGAAAGAUCCGUACGGCUAGCCUCGUCAUCAGCUUGGCACGGGGUUGGCAGCAGUGGGCAUCUGACCACCAUACGAAGCAAGUCCAGGAGCCCAGUGGGUGGGUGCCCUCUGAGGAGAAUCCCCCAAGGGAGAGGGUAUUUCCCAAACCACCAACCGAUUUCAAGAAAGACCAAUCAAAAGAUGGAGUGUCCUUUCCAUCAGUACAUCAGGAGCCCAAAGAAAAUGGAGAGCAGGCCCCAAGCGAAUCAAACGAAGCCCUCCAGAAACUUAACAUCAGAAGCAAAGAGGUGACAAAGACCAUUGUAAGUAAAGCCUACGAAAGAGGCAGUGGCGUGAGUCUCCUCAGCGACAAGUAUGAAAAAGACAAUGGGUGUUCGUCAACAGACAAGAGUACCGAAGACAUUGAUAAGCUUCUCAGUGGCAAAAUGUCCCCUACAAGGAGGAGGAAGUGUUCUAACCUGGUGUCGGAGCUGACGAAGGGGUGGAAACAGGUGGAACAGGAAGAUAAGGCCGAUGAACCGGAACUACAGAAUUAUCGUAGCGACAGCUUAGAUACCGAGGACAGCGGUUAUGGCGGAGACGCAGAGGAGAAACUGGAUGCUGACAACAGUAGUCAAGAAAUACGGACUGUGAGGAUAAAACGGCCUUCAUCAUCACUUGCAAACAGAAGCGUCAAGGCCUCCAAGAAAUACAGCCCCGUCCACAAUCUGAGAGGACGAUGGGAAGGCUGGGCAGAUGAGCACAUGAUCACACAAAAGCUCAAUCCUUUCAGUGAGGAGUUUGAUUACGACCUAGCCAUGUCCACCCGCCUGCGCAAAGGAGAUGAAGGCUAUGGCCGUCCUAAAGAAGGUACAAAAACGGCAGAAAGGGCCAAGAGAGCGGAGGACCACAUCCACCGAGAGAUGAAAGACAUGUGCUUCAUCAUUAGAACGAUGGCUCGGCACCGCCGUGAUAGCAAGAUCCAAGUCACUUUUGGUGACCUGUUUGAAAGAUACGUCCGUAUUUCGGAUAAGGUCGUUGGAAUACUCAUGAGGGCCAGGAAGCAUGGGAUGCUGGACUUUGAAGGAGAAAUGUUGUGGCAAGGCCGGGAUGACCAUGUGAUAAUAACUUUGCUAGAAUAAUGCUAUUCUUCAUGGGAUAACCCAAAGCGUUAUCAGUUCCUGGUAACUCUGGUCAACUAUAUGUUGACUACUCCAGCUGAGACAUCCAAGUUCUUCUUGGGGUAGCCAGUGUUUUGGACCAUAAUUCCCAUCAGUCAGCACACCCAUUGGUCAGAUCAUGGGACCUGUAGUCCAUAACAGCUAGAGGACAUCAUGCCUGCAUCAUAGAAAUAGUCAGAAUCUCCUCCCUUUAAGUAAUGUCUACAUGUUACUAGCAAGUUCAUGCUUCUUCAGCCAGUUUUAUAAGGCUGAACUGCACAGAGUAGAUUAGCAUAUAAGGGAAUGAAGUUUACAUUCUAUCAGAAUGCAAGUAGCUUUGCAUCUGUUCAAUAUAUACUGUAUGCUUGUUGGGUUUAAGAGCAGCAAAUUUAUCUAUUAACAUUUGGAAGUAAUGUUCAAGUACCCUGAUACCUCAGUUUUAAUACUAAGUGGAAACUGGGGCCUGAACUCUUAAGUUUAUGGCAUUCUUUCUACAUGACAUUUCAGGUGAAUGGAAAUAAUUCCUAGACUAAGUAUAAUAAACUAUACUGUAGCAUUACUUAUAUAAACUGUGCAAUAUACCACAUUUAUAUUUACUAAGUCACUAUAAACUUCAGGAUGGCAUCAAUUUUAUACACUAUGUAAGUUAACCUGUAGUUGCUUCAAAAUGUAUAGCUGGACUAUUUUGCUGUGUUUAAUUAUUUUUAUAACUAUGUAUUUAUGACGCCGAUUGACAAGUGCUUGAAAAAUGUAUGGGAAAGCCUCCGGAUAAACAGUAUUAUACUUUUACUGUUUAAUGUUAAAAUGUACCAAAACAAAACCUACCCCUAUCCCAUGUUCUCUUUCAAACUGAAAGAUCACACAUCUUCUUACAGAAGAAAAAAGAUGUAUGACUAUUUUCAGUCAUAAAGCUAAUAUUGUCAGAAAUGUUUUUCAGGCAUUACAGAUAGGUUGGUGAAAAUGCUUUGACUCACAAUACAAACUUAUUUAUUUGCAGUAAAUUCCUUAUUUUGCUAAGGAAUAAAUUUCCUACAUAUAUAGGCAUGGAAUGAGACUUUAGAGAUUUGCAUACUAACAUUGUUUGCAAAACAAUGUGCUUUGAAAUAAGUGGUGAAAAAAGGCAAUACUCUCCUUGAACAAAAAAUUGAUUGCUUUUGAGACCGCAAGAUUGAGUUCUAAUGUACUACUUCAGCUCUCUCUAUAUAUGUGAUUUCAUUUUGAAGAUUGUUUGCCCUUUAUAAUGCCGUUAUUUGCUUAGGUUCUAUACACAGGUGUGUGCACUUUAGAGCUGCUUUGAGUACCAGUAGUUGUCUAGAAUGGGUCACAAGUGUCCCCAGUCUGCAAGGGUAAGUUGUCAAAAAAUAAUGUGUUGGAUA